AUGCUUUUCAAAAUCCUCGUUCCACUCUUUCUGAUACUGUCACUUGUCAAUACAUUCCUUUUGGCUCAAACUUAUUCCAGCUGUCAAAUCAUCAAUAACUAUUACAAAGUUCAAUGGACCACUGAUGAAGCAAACAAUAAAAUCAGUGCUCAAUUUACCAUUCCAAGUGCUCCAGGAUAUGGUGCCGUUGGUUUCAAAAGAGGAGUUUUAGGAAAUGGAAUGGCUGGAGCAACCAUUACUUUGGGAUAUGGAACUGAAGUCAAUGAGUACUACGCCGAUGCCAAUUCUCAACCCACCAGAAUCAACAAUCAAUUCCUCUCAGCCAACACUUCUCUCUCCGGUUCCACAACCAUCAUUUCCAUCGUUCGUCCACUCUCCCGACCAUUAAACGCUCCAAACACCUAUUUCGAAUUCAUUAAGGGCGAACGAGUGACCUUAUUAUUUGCAUCUUCUAAUACACUUCCAAGUAAUCCUGAUGCCUUAACAGUUCAUGAUGCUCGAUAUAUUCAAAUUAAUGCGACGGAUUUCUUUAAUAAUAAUGUGAAGGGAUGUCAAACGCCAACUCCAAGUCCUUCGGUAAAACCAGCAGUUUCGAAUAGUAAGAAGACCAAUGGUGCUAGUUCUGUCAUGGGAAUGAUGAAUUCGAUCAUGAUAUUGAUUUUGGUGUUUAUCAUGACAUUUGGCACGUUUUAA